AUGGCAUCAGGGCCUUUCAAAGUCAUCAUCAUCGGUGGCUCCAUUGCCGGGCUCACGUUGGCUCACUGCUUAGACAAAGCAGGAAUUGAUUACGUUGUCUUGGAGAAGCGGAAAGAGGUCACCCCUCAAGAAGGCGCUUCCAUUCUAAUCCUGCCUCAUGGAGGCCGUAUAUUGGAUCAAUUGGGGGUAUUUAAUGCUUUAGAGGCACACGUCCAGCCAUUGCAUACAGCGCAUAUUUCCUAUCCCGAUGGAUUCAAACACACCAACAGAUCGCCGCAGGUGCUUGCAGAUCGAUUUGGAGUACCUAUGGCAUUGGUGGAACGGCGCAAUCUGCUCAAAGUUCUGUAUGAUACGCUACCCGAUCGAUCUCGCGUGCAGGUAGACAAGAAGGUACUGGCACUGGAGCACGAACAGGGCAGCCUCGUGACUGUUCAAGUGGAAGAUGGAGCCAUCUACAAAGGCUCCCUCGUUGUGGGGGCGGACGGUGUUCACAGUCGUGUACGCAGCGAGCUAUGGCGCCUCGCGGACAAGGAAAAGCCAGGAGCCAUCAAAGACAAAGAGAAGAGCAGUAUGACUGUCAAGUAUGCCUGUGUCUUUGGCAUCUCCAAUUCUGUGUCUAACCUAGUUCCUGGAGAACAAAUAUCUACAUUGAAUGACGGCAGAUCAUUUCUGACCUUUCCAGGAAAGAGUGGCCGGGUAUUUUGGUUCCUGAUGAACAAACUCGAGAGGAAAUACGCAUAUUCCGAGGUUCCUCGAUUGACCUCCGAAGAUGCCAAACGGAUGGCCGAGCAAUAUGUCGAUGAUCACAUUUGGAAUGGCGUUCAUUUCAAAGAUAUAUGGGACAAAAGAGAAGUUUUCGGUGCAACCAACCUGGAAGAGAAUAUCUUCCAAACGUGGCAUUGGGGCCGCGUGUUAUGUCUCGGAGACAGCAUGCACAAGAUGGCUCCCAACACUGGUCAAGGGGCAAAUUGCGCCAUUGAGGAUGCUGCUCUGCUUACAAACUACCUAAGGCAAUCGAUCAACAGCACGAAGGAGAGCACGAAGGAGAAUAGAAAGUUGUCCGAUGAAAAACUCAGCACUGUUCUGGAGCAAUUCAGUCAGGAUAGGAUAGAGCGCCUUCAAAGUAUAUACAGACUCGCCCGUGUUGUGGUUCGGCUUCACGCACGUCAAAAUCUGUUUCUGCGGCUGAUGGGCCGCUACUAUCUACCUCAUACUGGCGAUCUUCCUGCAGACAUGGCAUCGAAGUCUAUUGCCGGCGGUGUGUACUUGGACUUUUUGCCUCUGCCGGGUCGCUCUGGGCCUGGUUGGAAACACUUUGCCUCCAAAACGCACUCGCUACCUCGGAGUUUGACACUCUUCUCUGCUUUGGUGCUUAUAUUGGGCAUCGCUUUCUGGACAGGACGGGGCAUUCUUCUUCCAUCCAUCCAGGGCUUGGGACUUAUUGAGACAUCUAUACAUAGUUAG